UUAACACAUUUUGAUGACGCAUUUGACGUGUUAUCGUAUCCCAAUCUAGAAGACCUACAUGUUCAAUCACCAAUACAUGUUACAUCUAUGAGUCUUAACGAGAUGAGCAAAUUAGAACACAUCGUUCUCAGAUGUAUUUGUGAUGGUCUGGAUCUGUCCUCUAGUGACAGUCUUAAACAUAUUGAUCUUGGUGAACAGGUCACAUUGUUACCAAAUGCAUUAUGCGGUGUUCGUAACUUAACAAGUAUUGCCUUACGAUGCAAAUGUAAUAAGCUUGAUUUGUCCGGUAGUCCUAACCUGACGUACGUUUAUCUAGGCGAACAAGUAACUGUCUUGCCAUAUGCGUUGCGCUCUCUUCAUGUGUUAGAAAGUUUACACUUGAAAUGUAAAUGUGAUGGUCUAGACCUCUCUGCUUGCAAACGUUUAAAGUGGAUUACUCUCAGUAAACAGACUACUUUGUUACCCCAUACAUUACAUGAUCUUCAUGAACUUGAGAGUAUUACAUUAAAUUGCAACUAUGAUGGGCUGGACAUAUCUUCAUGCCUCGACAUAACAAAGAUAAAUCUUGAAAAACCGGUGACAUUGAUACCAAACUCAUUGCGUGACCUGCAUAACCUGAAACACAUUAGAAUAUGCAGUAAAUAUGACGGACUUGACUUGUCUUCGUGUCAAAAGCUAAUGUUCAUUGACUUACGUGAGAAUGUGACAUUGACACCAAACUCACUGCGUGAUCUGCAUAACCUGAAGUUCAUUCAAUUAUACUGCAAAUAUGACGGACUUAACUUGCUGCCUUCGUGUAACACUCUAAGGCAUAUUUAUCUACUUGACCAGGUAACAUUGACACCAAGUUCACUGCGUGAUCUGCAUUACCUGGAAUUCAUUACAUUAGGCUGCAAAUAUGACGGCCUUGACUUGUCUUCAUGUAAAAAGCUGAAGCACGUAUUUCUAUCCAAACAAGUGACAUUGAAACCAAACUCACUAAAUGAUCUUCAUCACCUGGAUUUCAUUGAAAUAGGUUGCAAAUAUGAUGGACUUAACUUGUCUUCGUGUCACAAUCUAAAGCAUAUUGAUUUAUGUUACCAGGUGGCAUUGACAUCAAACUCUCUGCAUGAUCUGCAUAAACUGGAUUACAUUAAAUUAUCCUGCACAUAUCAUGGAAUUGACAUGUCCUCGUGUCACAAUCUGAGGCAUAUUGAUUUAUGUGACCAGGUGACAUUGACACCAAACUCAUUGCGUGAUCUGCAUAACCUGGAAAUCAUUACAUUAGAAUGCAAAUAUGACGGACUUGACUUGACUUCGUGUCACAAUCUAAAGCAUAUUGGUUUACGUGACCAGGUGGCAUUGGCACCAAACUCAUUGCGUGAUCUGCAUAACCUGGAGUUCAUUGCAUUAGACUGCAAAUAUGACGGACUUGACUUGACUUUGUGUCACAAUCUAAAGCAUAUUGAUUUACGUGACCAGGUGACAUUGAUAUCAAACUCUCUGCUUGAUCUGCAUAACCUGAAGUACAUUAAAUUAUUCUGCACAUAUCAUGGACUUGACUUGUUUUCGUGUCACAAUCUAAAUCAUAUUGAUUUAUCUGACCAGGUGACUUUGAAACCAAGCUCACUGCAUGAACUGCAUGACCUGAAACGCAUUAAAUUAUGCAGUAAAUAUGACGGACUUGACUUGUCUUCGUGUCACAAUCUAAUGCAUAUUGAUUUACGUGAGAAGGUUACUUUGAUACCAAACUCUCUGCGUGAUCUGCAUAACUUGAAAAUCAUAACACUAGACUGCAAAUAUGACGGACUUGACUUGUCAUCGUGUCACAAUCUAAAGCAUAUUGAUUUACGUGACCAGGUGACAUUGACACCAAACUCAUUGCGUGAUCUGCAUAAACUGGAGUUCAUUGCAUUAGACUGCACAUAUCGUGGACUUGACUUGUCUUCGUGUCACAAUCUAAGGCAUAUUGAUUUAUUUGGCCAGGUGAAAUUGAUACCAUACACACUGCGUGGUCUGCAUAACCUGGAAUUCAUUUCAUUAGGCUGUAAAUAUGACGGACUUGACUUGUCUUCGUGUCACAAGCUGAAGCACAUUGAUCUUCGUGAACAGGUGAAAUUGAUACCAAUACCAUACACACUGCGUGGUCUGCAUAACCUGGAAUUCAUUUCAUUAGGCUGCAAAGAUGACGGACUUGACUUGUCGUCGUGUCACAAGCUGAAGCACAUUGAUCUACGUAAACAGGUGAAAUUGAUAGGAAACUCGCUGCAUGAUCUUCAUAACCUGGAGUACAUUACAUUAGGCUGCAGAUAUGACGGACUUGACUUGUCUUCGUGUCACAAUCUCAACCACAUUGGUUUACUUGAACAGGUGACAUUGAUACCAAACUCACUGCAUGAUCUUCAUAACCUGGUGAUCAUUGAAUUACGCUGCAAAUAUGACGGACUUGACUUGUCAUCGUGUCACAAUCUAAGGCGUAUUCAUCUUCGUGACCAUGUGACAUUAGUACAACACUCACUGCGUGAUCUGCUUAACCUGGAGUACAUUACAUUAGACUGCAAAUAUGACGGACUUGACUUGUCAUCGUGUCACAAUCUGAAGCAUAUUGAUUUAUGUGACCAGGUGACAUUGACACCAAACUCACUGUGUGAUCUGCAUAACCUGGAAAUCAUUACAUUAGAAUGCAAAUAUGACGGACUUGACUUGACUUCGUGUCACAAUCUAAAGCAUAUUGGUUUACGUGACCAGGUGACAUUGACACCAAACUCAUUGCGUGAUCUGCAUAACCUGGAGUUCAUUGCAUUAGACUGCACAUAUCGUGGACUUGACUUGUCUUCGUAUCACAAUCUAAAGCAUAUUGAUUUAUUUGGCCAGGUGAAAUUGAUACCAUACACACUGCGUGGUCUGCAUAACCUGGAAUUCAUUUCACUAGGCUGCAAAUAUGACGAACUUGACUUGUCUUCGUGUCACAAGCUCAAGCAUAUUGCUCUAGUUGAACGGGUGACAUUGAUACCAAACUCACUGCAUGAUCUGCAUUAUCUAGAGUUCAUUGCAUUAUCCUGCAAAUAUGACGGACUUGACUUGUCUUUGUGUCACAAACUGAAGAAAAUGUAUCUACGUGAACAGGUGACAUUGAUAGGAAACUCGCUGCAUGAUCUUCAUAACCUGGAGUACAUUAAAUUAGUCUGCACAUAUGACGGACUUGACUUGUCUUCGUGUCACAAUCUUAACCACAUUCAUCUACGUGAACAGGUGACAUUGAUACCAAACUCACUGCGUGGUCUGCAUAACCUUGAGUGCAUUGUAUUAUGGUGCAAAUAUGAAGGACUUGACUUGUCUUCGUGUCACAAUCUUAACCACAUUCAUCUACGUGAACAGGUGACAUUGAUACCAAACUCACUGCGUGGUCUGUAUAACCUUGAGUGCAUUGUAUUAUGCUGCAAAUAUGAAGGACUUGACUUGUCUUCGUUUCACAAGCUGAAGUACAUUUAUCUACGUAAACAGGUGAAAUUAAUACUAAACUCACUGCGUGAUUUUUAUCACUUAGAACAUAUUUUCUUAGGCUGCAAAUAUGACGGACUUGACUUGUCUUCGUGUCGCAUGCUGAAGCACAUUGAUCUUCGUGAACAAGUGAAAUUGAUACCAAACACACUGCGUGGUCUGCAUAACCUGGAAUUCAUUUCAUUAGGCUGCAAAUAUGACGGACUUGACUUAUCUUCGUGUCACAAGCUGAAGCACAUUGAUCUUCGUGAACAGGUGACAUUGAUGCCAAACUCACUGCGUGAUUUUAAUCAAGUAGAACAUAUUUUCUUAGGCUGCAAAUAUGACGGACUUGACUUGUCUUCGUGUCACAAGCUGAAGCACAUUGAUCUUCGUGAACAGGUGAAAUUGAUACCAAACACACUGCGUGAUUUUAAUAACUUAGAACAUAUUUCCUUAGGCUGCAAAUAUGACGGACUUGACUUGUCUUCGUGUCACAAGCUGAAGCACAUUGAUCUUCGUGAACAGGUGAAAUUGAUACCAAACACACUGCGUGAUUUUAAUAACUUAGAACAUAUUUCCUUAGGCUGCAAAUAUGACGGACUUGACUUGUCUUCGUGUCGCAAGCUGAGGUACACAAUGGUACCAAACUCAGGUGAUCACCAUUGUGUGAUUCUCUAAACAACAUUGAUUUAAGUGAUCAGAUAAUAUUUUUACAAAUUCUUUCCUUAAAUACCACUUCAUUCACUACUGAUAUAUCAACAAUAUACGCCCAUAAGCAAAAUAAGACUUAUAUAGUUUUCAAUACAUUUUCUGUAUUUGGUAAAGCAUCUGGACAGUCAACUAUUUGCAUCAAACAAGAUCAACUUCAUCAAUUAUAUAAUAAUUCAACAAAUACAUAUGAACAAAAUUCAGGUUAUCUACAUGAAAACACAGUUCAAGCACAUACAUAUACUAUAUCCACCUAUUUUGUUUUUCAUCUCUAUAUAAACCAAUGACUAAAUUAUUAAUUAAGUUCGAAAAUUUAUUCAAACUGCAAUAGUAAUUAAAAUACAAUAAAAGAGAAACAAACAUUAACUUUAACUUGGUUUUCAUAGUUCGACUGCCCAAAGCUGAAUAAUGAAAAACCGCCAAACACACUCAAUUUCCACGUGCACACUUUCAGUGCGACCAAAUUCAUUACAUUGCAUUAUGGGAAAAUAAUUUUCUUCUAAUUCGUGAACUCAAACUACGAAAAUUAUAUUUCUUUAUUAUUCCUUACUCGGAAAUGUGUUGAUUAAAUUUCAAAUAUGGUGAGCUGGAAGUGUUAUCGUAGGCACUAUUUCUCUGUAAACCGGUCACAUUGUAUCAUGAUGUAAAGCAUAUUGAUAUCCGUGAAAAGAUAACUAUGGUAGCAAAUUCUCUCUUUAGUAUUCUCAAUUUAAAAUGUGUUUAUCACUUGCAAAGUCAUUGUAUUAACAUAAUUCGUAAAUAUUAAUUGUUUAUAUAAAGACUAUAAUUUUUCACAAGAUGAAGGUUAUGCAAUUAAAAGCGUUGUUUUCGUCGUAUGUUUUUAUUCUGUAUAUACUGUCGGAUGUUAUAUAUGUUUGACAUUAUCUAACUCUUUUACAUACUUUCAUUUAUAUAUUAUUAUGAAUCAGGAAAAGUGCAAGUCACGUUAAAAAUAAACAGUUAAAGCAUACAUGUUAAUCCCCAGUAAGAUUGUAUAAUACAUGUUUAAGGAUAUUUGUGCUGCUUGAAAAAAAGGUGUUUAAUCAAAAUUGUUCAAAUUGUAUUAACCAGUGCUUGUUUUAAGGACCCGCAUAUCUGGAAUGUUUGACUGACAACAAAGCGCGAUUUUUUGCCCAUGUAUACAUUUGAGUUUUCUCCAUACAAACGUCAUGUAGGUUAUUUUUUGUUUCCUUUACGGGCGAGAAACACAUUUGUGGCACGUGGUUUGUUACUCUAUGAUAACAGUUAUUUAUCUUGUAAUACAUGCUCAUUAUAAUUAAGAUCAUUUACCAGCUUUACAUUCGUCAUGCAAUGUCGUGUAUUAUAUUUUGUAUUAUUGUGUACAGCUUAUUAUAUUUUAACAAGAUUGUACAUAUUUGAUUUGUUUAAGAUCUCUAAUAAAUAUAGUUCAAGUUUCUCAAGGUUUCAGUUGUUGAUGUUUGUACUUUUGUAUUAUCAUUUAUCUGCAAGUGUGAAACAUCGUGUUAUUUAUUCAACGUUUUUAUGUAGAGUAUUGUAUCAACUGAAUAAACUAAGAUACGUUUUUUUUAACAAAUGUCAUACACAAACUGUUUCUGUGGUAAGUCGAUACAUCUUUCUUUAUCGCCAAGAAAACCAAAAUGCUGUUCUUUAAACACGACAAUAUAAUUCUUAAACAAGAGCACCGCCUUGCGGGUGCAGACCGCUCAUCUAUUUUUCUUUUUAAAGGUGAAGGGACCUAUCUCAAUUUCAAUCACAAAGGAGGGAGGGGUGGGGUGGAAAGGGUGUAUGGUGUGGGGGUGUGGUCAUUUAUUACAUUA